GCCGGCGGUCGGUCGGGCCGGGCCCGGAGCCGCCACUGUCGGGACCGGGCGGCGGCUGAGCGGGAGGAGAUGGUGUCCCCCGGCGCCUCCGCCGGGCGGCUGGGCUCCGCGCUGCCCUUCCUGCUCGUGCUCCUCGACCUGCAGUACCAGGGAGCUGAGUGUGGAAUAAACGCAGAAGUAGAAAAACAACUUGAAAUGGGAAAGAAAUUAUUGGCUGCAGGACAGCUAGCAGAUGCUUUAUCUCACUUUCAUGCAGCUAUAGAAGGAGACUCUGAUAACUACAUUGCUUAUUACAGAAGAGCCACAGUGUACUUAGCCAUGGGCAAAUCUAAAGCUGCAAUUCGUGAUUUAAGUAAAGUGGUUGAAUUAAAGCAGGAUUUCACAUCAGCAAGAUUACAGAGAGGACACUUACUGCUUAAGCAAGGAAAAUUUGAUGAAGCAGAGGAUGACUUUAAAAACGUGCUCAAAUCCAAUCCUAGCAAUAAUGAGGAAAAAGAAGCCCAGACUCAGCUGACAAAAUCUGAUGAGCUGCAGCGCCUGCAUUCACAAGCACUAUCUGCUUACCAGCAAGAGGAUUAUGAAGCUGCUAUUUCUCUUCUUGAUGAAAUCUUGGCAGUUUGUGUUUGGGAUGCAGAGCUACGGGAACUUCGAGCAGAGUGUUAUAUAAAGGAAGGGGAACCAAGCAAAGCUAUUAGUGACUUGAAAGCUGCUGCCAAAUUAAAGAAUGAUAAUACUGAAGCCUUCUAUAAAAUCAGCAGAAUAUAUUAUCAGCUGGGGGACCAUGAAUUAUCACUCAGUGAAGUCCGGGAGUGUCUGAAACUGGACCAAGAUCAUAAGGAGUGUUUCUCUCUCUAUAAGCAAGUGAAGAAACUCAAUAAGCAGAUUGAGUCAGCAGAGGAAUUCAUCAGAGAAGGCAGGUACGAAGAUGCUAUCAGUAAAUACGAAUCUGUAAUGAAAACUGAGCCAGAAGUCCCAGUUUAUGCUACUCGUGCCAAAGAAAGAAUCUGUCACUGCUUAUCAAAGAAUCAGCAGUCUACAGAAGCCAUAAAACUUUGUACAGAAGUUCUGCAACUGGAACCAACCAACGUGAAUGCUCUGAAAGACAGAGCAGAAGCUUAUUUGCUGGAAGACCUGUAUGAAGAAGCUAUUAAAGACUAUGAGACUGCUCAAGCCAACAGUGAGAAUGACCAGCAGAUUCGGGAGGGGCUAGAACGUGCCCAGAGAAUGCUGAAGCAAUCACAGAAGAGGGAUUACUAUAAAAUCCUGGGAGUAAAAAGAAAUGCUCGAAAGCAAGAAAUCAUAAAAGCUUACAGAAAGCUGGCAUCCCAGUGGCAUCCUGAUAACUUCCAGAGUGAGGAAGAAAAGAAGAAAGCAGAGAAAAAAUUUAUUGAUAUAGCAGCUGCUAAAGAAGUCCUCACUGACCCAGAAAUGAGACGGAAGUUUGAUGCAGGAGAGGACCCACUGGAUGCAGAGAGUCAGCAGGGUGGCAGCAACCCUUUCCACAGGAACUGGAACACGUGGCAAGGAUUCAACCCCUUUGGUUCUGGAGGAGGACCAUUUACAUUCAAAUUUCACUUCAGUUAGAGCCAAGACUGUUUCUGGUGGCUGCUGCUGUUUUUUACUCAAUUCGUUGAAAAAUAAAAAGUCUCUCAGUUCAAGACCCAAAAUCUUAAUUUCUAAUGUUGUCCUUAACUCAAAGUCUUACUGCACUAGAAGGAAGGUCUGUCUUUCUUUUGGUAUUCAGUUGAGUUUGCUUGAUAAGCUCACACUGGUUGGGGGUGGGAGUUGUACUGCCUUUGUAUUUGUUGUGGAUAUGCAGGACAUGUUUAUUCCCAUGGAUGGAAAAAACAGUAAGAUGCUACUUAGGACAACGCUUAAAUUUAGGACUCAAGUAUAUGCUUAAAGAUAAAAAUGCAUGUAAAUAUUUUUCUGGAUCGGGGCCUAAUAAACAUGGCAAGGGUAGAUACAGUAGUCUCCACAUUAACAAACUGUUGGUCAUGCUCAGCAGAACGAUCCAUCUCUUAAGAGGAAACCCUGGUGACCACCUGCUGUGUUGGUGUCGGCAGCGCCGUGGGCGGGAGAAGAGCCUGUGUGCUGAACCAGUCCCAGCAAUUGCUCUGGAAAAAGAGUGCUUGGGAGUAAUUGCAUUUGAAAAUGUCUGCUCACUUUGCUCAUUAAUGGAUUGGGGUGAUUUCCUGGGUGGUAAUUGUCAACUAUGAAACUAAAA